CUCUUUGGAUAAGUAUACUACGUGACGUCGUUACCUAUUUCAGUUAGGCCUAUAAUAAUGAAAAUGCAUUGUAAUAGGUCGGUGUGAAAAAGUAUAUGAUUAUAUCAUAACACAAAUAGCCUUAAAGCCCAAGCAUAUUCAUGAAACCAGCGAUUUUUUCCUUUGCUGCAUUAAAUUAACUAUACAAAUAUUUUUUUUCUUUAAAAAUCGCACUGAGAAACGGCACCUUGAUAGCACUUUUAGAUAUUAUUAACAGUGGUAACCCUGCCGGUUGACUGACACUGUUGACAGUAACAGAGCAGACGUCUUACGUCAAAAAACCGACAUUUUGGCGGUUCAAUCUCGCAUUAUUAAGUACGCACGUUGUUUCUCGUUUCUCAUAAACAAAUCUAGACAAUGGCAGAAAAACUAGAAGAUUUGAACCUUCCGCUAACUGUCGUCACGCGAAUAGUCAAGGAGGCUUUGCCAGAAGGAGUUUCGAUUUCGAAAGAGGCCAGGACAGGGCUUGCAAAAGCCGCAUCAGUUUUCGUUCUAUACGUGACUUCUGCGGCUACAAACAUAGUGGAAAAGAAGAAAAAGAAGGCCCUAACUGGUCAGAUAGUGCUGGACGCUAUGAAAGAUAUAGAAUUCGACAGAUUUAUAGAACCAUUGACGGAGUCUUUGGAGCAGUACAAGCAAGUGAUGUCUGCGCGAAAAUCGGGCGGUAAGAAGAAAGACGAGGAAGAGCCAGAAGUUAUUGAGGACGAUUGAUGCGUUUACGUUGUGACUAUAUCUAAGUUAGUAACAUAGUUUACUGUAGUACAAAAACAAACCUUAAGUAGUUUAACUGAAGUGACCAUCAUAAUACCUGCAGUUAUUCGAAGACUUUUUAGAACUCAAUACCAGAUUAAGACUUAUAGAUGCCUUAAGUAUGUCUACACCACAGUGCCCUCCGAGCCAGUGCCCUCCGAGCGGGUUCCCGGCACUCAAUAUGUUGACUAAAAGAUAUAGGUCCCUGUAUGUGGAACAAUAUUUUACAUUGUGACAUACUUUAGGAGGCAAAUCGUAGAAAAUUGGAAAAUAAUUGCCAGAUUGCAGGUACUUUUGGUGUAUUCCUAUCUGUCCCUUGUGGGACUCCCUCUGGUCGCAUAACAACUUGUGUCAUAUUUUUAACUGUCAUAACACUUUGCAUAAAAUUGUAAGUCAUAAAAAUCUUCACUCAAAAUUAUUCCUGAGCAUAACUGGGUUUUUGUCAUAAAUGAGUUGUCAUAAUUUUGUAUAGCCAUAAAUUUAAUUCACAUAAAAUUUUAUGUUAUGUGCGCACAAAAAAUAUAUGAAAACUGCUAUGUAUGUCAUCAAAUAUUAUCGCUAAAAAUGUAUGACAUAGUUUAAUAUGACUUUUCAUUUGUAUGCUCAAUGAUGAUUAUGACACAAGUUGUUAUGCGUAUCAAAGAUAUGAAUUGAAUGUGAGCGUAAACGUUCCGAGUUUAAGAUAUGGAUUCUAUGAGUCUGAAAUAAAUAUAUUAUAUUUAUUUUAUAAACUUUUAUGCAACCCAAUAUGGACCCGUCCCUUGUAUGGCGGUGGUCACGGUAUUGUGGUGGGGACAGAUGGGAAUAUAGCAUACUUUUUCUUCUGCUUAUACUAUUGAUGCUGACUAUUCCACUUAACCAACUAAAUUAGGAUGAAACUAGUAUUUGUAUAAUAAUUUAAGACUUUUACUCAUGGAAAAUCAUAACUUAUUUUGUAAGAUAGUAGAUAUAAGUUUUUAUGUGAUUGAAAUACAUGAUUCCUGUUUUUUAAA